AUGACAAUAAAAACUUAUUUGAUCAACAAAAUCAAUGCUCAAAAGCAUCGUUUAAACGGUAUUAUACCAUCGAAUCGUUUACCAAGCAAGCGUAACCUAUGCCGAGCCUUUCGUGAUAAUAUAGUUUACACUCAAAAAGAACUUCCUCCUAAGGUUGAUCUUCGAAAAGACAUGACUACAGUCGAAGACCAAUCGAAAAUCGGCAGUUGUGCGGCUAAUGCUCUAGCAGGAGCAUAUGAAUAUUUGACAAAAAAAGAUAAUGGACGAAAUACUGAUGUCAGUCGAUUAUUUAUUUAUUAUAAUGCUCGAGCAAAAAACAAAAAGUUUGGUUCUGUCACUGAUUCUGGUUGUUCCAUGACCAGUGCUAUUGAGGCACUCGAAGAAUUCGGUACUUGCCUCGAAUCUAUCUGGGCAUACAAUGUUUCAAAAGUGAAUACUCGUCCGAAUGAUCAGGCCUAUCAAGAAGCCAAAAAUCAUACGAUUUCAGAAGCAUUCGAAGUUGAUAUUAAUUUAUUUGAAAUGAAAUCAUGCUUGGCACAAGGAUAUCCAUUUGCAUUUGGUUUAAGACUCUAUUCAUCAUUUGAUAAGGCAACGGAAACAGGUUUAGUACCGAUGCCUGAUGCAUCGGCGAAAAAUCGAAAGACACACGGCUGUCAUGCGCUUUUGGCAGUUGGCUACAGCGAUCGAUCGAAAGUUUUUAUUGUUCGAAAUUCAUGGGGAGAAAAAUGGGGUGAAAAUGGAUACUGUUAUAUUCCAUAUGAAUAUAUGACAGAUCCAGAACAUUGUUUUGAUGUGUGGGCAAUUCGAAAAUUGACUAACACUAACUUCGGUGAAGAAUAUUGGGAUAGGAAUGAUACAGUCAACUAUCAGAAUAUUCUUACGUACAAUAAUGGUUAUGAUGAUACUGACAAUAAUGUAGAAAUACAGGAUGUAAACGAAGAUGACAAUCUCGCUGCUACAAAUGCAUCUGGAAAUAGUUAUUCGAUGAAUACAAAUAAUCCUUAUGAUAAUUAUCAACAGCAAUAUCCUGGAGGAGGAUCUCAAUCAAGUCUUGGUGAUAAUUCGUGCUAUCAGUUAAAUUCAUGUGCAAAUCAGCUUGAUCAACAAAAUUGGGUAAACAAUCAGUUCGGCCAGCAAAAUUGGAGUCCUAACCAAUUUAAUCAGCCAAGUCAACAAUCAUGGGAUAAUAAUCCUGCUCAUCAGCACUAUGGCGAAAACAAUACACUUGCGCAACUGUGGGAUCAGAAUCAGCUCAAUCAACAGUAUAAUUCCAAUAACAGUCAAUUCACUGGAGGGCAGUAUGAUCAAGUAAACCAACAAAGUUGGCAACCCAACCAGUUUCAGCAAGUGAGUCACAACAAUUAUCAAUUAGGGGCACCCGAUCAACAACAUUGGAAUAAUAGUAAUAUGAAUCAAGCCAACCCGGUUAACAAUGCAUUUGGCCAGGAGACGUGGAACAAUAAUCAAAUAAAUCCACAAAAUCAGCUCCAGUGGAGUAACACCCAAUAUGGUCAACCUUAUACUGAUGCUAAUUUUCGAGGUGAUACAUUUGGAAAUCAAUAUCCUGGUAACUAUGCAGGAAGUACUGGAAACUUUAGCGGCUUUCCUCCAAACAAUCCGAGCUCGGGUUAUUAUGGGUCGGGUUAA